UACCCUCUCGUGAAUGCUUUUAAUUGGCAGGUGGAUGGGGAGGAAUUGCCCUCGACCUCCUUGAGAUUAUCCCCGGGCACGAGUAAAACGGAAAGUCACGGGACAGACUUAGGAAAAUUUUAAUUGUAAUUUAUUUUUAUUCAUUUUUUUCCCUUUCAGAUAGUGUUGUCAGUGAUAAACCCCGAGUUUUACUCAACGAUCGCUUGAAUUCAAUAACGAGAGCUUUAUUGACAAAUCUGUUCCGAGGAGAUCAAAUUCAUUCAAAUUUCACUCGAUUUAAGUUUCCCGUCACCCCCCCCACCCCAUCGCCGACGUCUGUAGACUUACCCGCACGUUGGCUCGUCUAACUCCGCCCGGUCAUGUGACGGCGUGCAGGCUGACUCAGCUUGGCCGGCCAACGUCAGUCUGGAGUCGCACAAUUAUGAAAAAGCAACCUUCCGCUGGAGCUGCAGCCGAAGCAUAUUUCCCCAACAUCAAUCGGGCUUUCCCUGCGAGGCUUACCGACAACACCGCCGAUAGAUGGAUAAAAGCCACGACGCAGCUCUUCCUGAGUCUCAACGGUGAAGAGAAUGUCCCAGAAACCCUGGAUAGAGAGCACUUUCACCAAGAGGGAAUGUGUGUACAUACUUCCAGUGUCAAAAGACCCCCACAGGUGCCUUCCAGGAUGCCAAAUCUGCCAACAGUUGGUGCGGUGCUGCUGCGGGCGGCUGGUGCGGCAACACGUUGGCUUCACGGCCAGCCUGGCGAUGAAGUACUCGGAUGUGAAGCUGGGUGACAACCCUAAUCUGUCCCUUCCGGAGCUGGAGGAGUGGUCAGUGGACAAACACACAGAGGAGAGUCCCACUGAUGCCUAUGGUGUUGUCAACUUCCAGGGAGGGUCUCACUCCUACAGGGCCAAGUAUGUACGUUUGUCACACGACUCCCGUCCAGAGAGCAUCCUUUGGCUGAUGUUAAAAGAAUGGCAGAUGGAGCUUCCCAAAAUCCUCAUCUCAGUCCAUGGGGGUGUUCAGAACUUUGAGAUGCACCCGCGGAUCAAGCAAGUGGUAGGCAAGGGCCUGAUCAAAGCGGCUGUCACCACAGGGGCCUGGAUACUUACUGGAGGUGUAAACACAGGUGUUGCAAAGCAUGUGGGUGAUGCACUGAAAGAACACAGUUCCAGAUCGGCAAAAAAAAUUUGCACUAUCGGGAUUGCACCCUGGGGGGUCAUCGAGAACAGGAACGAUCUCAUUGGAAGAGACGUAAUAGCUCCAUAUCAGACCCUCCUGAACCCUCUCAGCAAACUGAACGUUCUCAACAACGUCCACUCCCACUUCCUUCUGGUAGAUGAUGGGACAGUUGGCAAGUAUGGUGCCGAGGUCAAACUACGGCGGGAACUGGAGAAGCACAUCAACCUCCAAAGAAUUCAUGCACGGAUUGGUCAGGGUGUUCCUGUGGUAGCCCUGAUCUUUGAGGGGGGACCAAAUGUGAUACUCACUGUGCUGGAGUACCUCCAAGAGAGUCCUCCUGUCCCAGUGGUGGUAUGUGAGGGGACAGGCCGUGCUGCUGACAUCUUGGCCUACGUCCACAAGCAGACUGAAGAGGGGGGGUAG